AUGGCGUACUCAUCUGCCGCUUUCGCCGCAUACACUCACUUUCCAUCAUCAUCGGCGGCAACGGCACAAGCCGCCUUCAGCUAUGGUGGAAUGGGAGCAACGAUUCCUGCCGUUGCCAUGUUUCCUUCAGCUGCCACUGCAUAUGGAAUGAUCCCGAGAAAGAAUCGCCGUGAACGCACCACUUUCAAUCGACAACAACUCGACGUUUUGGAGAGUCUGUUUGCGAGGACUCAUUAUCCAGAUGUAUUCACGAGGGAGCAAAUCGCUGAACAGAUCCAAUUGCAAGAGUCGAGGAUUCAGGUAUGGUUCAAGAACCGUCGUGCCAAGCAUCGCCAACAAGAGAAGCAAAAGCCGAAAACGGUGGCGCAAACUGUAGCCCAACAAAAAAAGGAAAUGAAUAGAAGAGCUGAGAUGCACGCGUCACCUCAAUCACUCACCGGGCACUCUCGUCCACCAACAAGUCUCACCACCACUACUCCUCCAAUGGCUCUCCCCGUCUCAUCGCCGACUCUUUCAACUACAGUACCCCUUGCGCAAAUUACGCCAAAGUUUGAAUCAGACUCUCCCGCCUCCAACAACGACUACAAUGCUCAAGUGGCAACGAGCACAAUUGAGGGUUCUCCAUCGGCAAAAGGAGCAUUGGCUACUCUUUCCCCAUUGAAACCAUCAAUCGUUUCAUCGACUGCUUCCCCUCCAUCAAAUGGGGCCGCAAAUUUGUCGUGGAGCAGCACGAGCAGUGAUGCUACGACUCUCCACUCCUCCACAACAACCGCCCUUCCCGCUUUGCCUCUCGGGACGUCAAAUGUGAACAGCUACUACCCGCUCUAUUCAUCAGCGUAUUAUCCACAGAUGUUCGACAGCACCUAUCAACAGUACUAUGCCUCUCAAUAUCCAUCAACCACUUAUGCCUCGGCCACAAAUCCGUAUCAAGGCUUUUUCUCGGGGUCCACCCAA